GCACAGAGUGGAGCUGCUCGAGUUGCAGCCGUCAUUAUUUUCCUGGAUUCCGUGGUGUACGCGUCGCCCACUUGCGCCAGGAUACGUGGCCGCCGCGCGAGGUGAUCGAUUCCCGACGGAGGCGCAGUCUCGACGUCUCCCGUGUCCGCGAAUCGCUUUCGUUUGCACCUUCACGUCGGUCAGACCCGAUGCGAUUCGCUGUUUUUCGCCACGCACCUACCGUGUCUGUGUAAAUAGCCAUUUGUUGAUUUCAAGUGUGCAGUGAGAUUAAUUAGUGGGAAACCAAAUGGUUGUGCUCGAGGAAGGCAGUAUGCUGACUACUGGACACAAUCAGUAUUUACAACCGGAUUAUCUUUCACCGCUUCCAACUUCGGUACAGUUGGACGCGAAAAAGAGUCCGCUGGCACUGUUGGCACAGACAUGCAGUCAAAUCGGAGCGGAUUCGCCUACGAAACCGCUGAUUUCGCCUUUGGAAAAGAGCUCGAAGGGCAUGAGCAUCGCAACGAACGCGAAAUCGCCGCCGGCCACGAAAUUGGAGCGCAACACUCGCGGCAGUCCGACGGACGGCGGCAAGUCGUUGGCGUUCAAGCCGUACGAAGUCAACGUGGUAACGAAGAAGACCACGGACGAGGGUAGACCCACGUCCAAAGCCAGUGUACACAGUGUCAGUGGUCAGGAUAGUGUCAGUGUGAGUGACAGCAUGCAUCCUGACAAGAAAUCAUCCGGCAAUCGCACGCCGGUGAGCCGAAAGUCCGCGUCACCAAAGACCGAUGGUUCGCCACGGAGCAGUAGCAGCAGCAACAACAACAAUAGCAGCAGCAGCAAUAACAACAACAAUGGCGCCAGUCCAAUUAUUAGAUCCGGAAUGGAGAUUCUUUCCGGUGCGGCGCACACAAAGGACACGAAUCUAGCCGCUUACAAACCAGGUCUACCAGGGUUCACAGGCAAUCCACUGUGCUGUCCGCCGGGCCUCGCCGAGAAUCCGGCAUUCAGGCCGCCCUUCGCGGGCGCAUCGCCCUUCUCGCAUCACGCGGCGGCGCUGUUGUCCGUCGGCUAUCCGUCGGCUGGUCCGACCGGCGGCAAUCCGUACUUGAGUUACGCCCGCGUCAAGACUCCCGCCGGCGGCGAAGCCCUGGUGCCGGUCUGCAAGGAUCCUUUUUGCACCGGCUGCCAGUACAGUAUGCACAGCGCGCAGAUAAUGAUGAGCGCGGGUAGCUGUCCCAGCGGUUGCACGCAGUGCGAUCAUCAGAAGUACGGACUGGCGAUGGCGUUAUCGUCGCUGGGCCCGAUGCCGCCGCCGUCGUUGUCCUAUCCGUCCACGCUGGCGGCCGGUGGCCGGCCCUACGUCUGCAACUGGAUCGCCGGCGAGUCGUACUGCGGCAAACGAUUCGCCACGUCGGAGGAGCUGCUCCAGCAUCUACGUAGCCACACGAGCCUGACCGGCGGCGACCACGCGGCCGCCGCUUCCGCGGCGGCGCUCCUCGGUAAUCCACAUCCGCACCCGUUGCUAUCACCGUCGACCACCCUUCAUCGCACCAGUGGUGGUACCUAUCCGGCGCCGUCGUUGAGCCCCCUCGGAGCGCGAUAUCAUCCGUACGGCAAGCCGCCGACGGGCCCGCUACCGGCAUCGCUCGCCGCCUCGCCGUACUCCGCUUUCAACGCCUUAGGACCGUAUUACUCGCCGUACGCGGUUUACGGACAGCGAAUCGGCGCCGCUGUACAUCCCUAAGAUGGAUACAUCCUGCGGGAGGGAGGAUUGGGAGGGAAAAGAUGGUAGGAUCUUUUCGGAAGGGACCUUCUUCUCGUUCCUCCCUCUGUUUCUCCGUCUCUUUUUUCCUUUUCGCAGUGUAUAGUUGGAAAAAUGUGCAAAUUGAUGGACGAGCUUGCCGUCUAAAAACUGUUGUGUAAAUAGCCACUGUGUACAAUACAGAUUUAUUUAAAAGAAUUCUAUAUAUGUAUAUAUAAAUAUAAAUAUAUGUGUACAUUGAAGAUUAUGAUUAAAGUUUAUGAAACAA